AUGGAUUGGAAAUUCCUCCAGGGUCUUCUUAGCGGAGUCAACAAGUACUCCACUGCCUUCGGACGCAUCUGGCUAUCAGUGGUGUUCGUCUUCCGGGUGUUGGUCUUCGUGGUGGCUGCCGAACGGGUCUGGAGUGACGACCAGGGACACUUUGACUGCAACACCCGCCAACCAGGUUGCACCAACAUCUGCUAUGAUUACUUCUUCCCCAUCUCCCACAUCCGUCUCUGGGCUCUCCAGCUCAUCUUCGUCACCUGCCCUUCCUUCAUGGUGGUGCUGCAUGUAGCCUACCGGGAAGAACGGGAACGCAAGUACCGAGCCAAGCACGGCGAGAACACUCGGCUGUACGACAACCCGGGCCAAAAGCAUGGCGGUCUGUGGUGGACUUACCUAAUUAGCCUCUUCAUCAAGACCACCUUUGAGAUCACUUUUCUCUACGUGCUUCACUACAUUUACGAAAGCUUCAAACUGCCAAGGAAGGUCCAGUGUGAUGUCAGUCCCUGUCCGAAUUUGGUGGACUGCUACAUAUCCCGGCCCACUGAGAAGACCAUUUUCACCUACUUCAUGGUGGGAGCGUCCGUCGUGUGCGUGGUGCUCAACAUCUGUGAGAUUUUCUAUCUGAUCGCUGCCCGCAUGGUGAACCUCAAACAACGAGGCAGCAUUCAGACUUCAUCUAGAAAGGUCCACCCUAAUAGGGACUGUGAUGGCUGCAAGUCAUCUCUUACAUCAUAG